GUAGUGAUGACGUUGACAACGUUUUCGUAAAUUAUUCCGAAUCAGAAUCAGGUUUGAUCGCCAAGUUCGCACAUAAGCUUUAUGUCUGUGGGUUCUGGUGGCCAUAGCUCUGUAGCGUCUGCCAGAAGGGAGGAGUUUAAGCAUGUGUGCGAGGUUUAAGCUCAAUCACAAUAUCCCCGACACGUUUGAGAAGAUUUGAACACACAACUAUAUAUGGCUAAUGCCAUAAAAAGUAAUUUUACAUUCAACCGAUCAAAAGUAAAAUUUCCCCAACACAAAAAGUUCAACGUGCAGGAGCGGAUAAUCAUUCAUCCGAGAAGCGAGGAAAGCGACUGAUAACGAUUUCAUGAUGGUGAGGUGAUUUCUGCUAGAAGGUUGUUGGUUGAAAAAGACAUGCCUUUUUUGGAAUUCAUAGCUGGGAGCAUCUCAGGAGCCGUGGGGCUGACAGUGGGGCAUCCAUUAGACACAGUGAAGGUGCGUCUGCAGGCCCAGUCUGUGUAUAAAGGAAUAUUUCACUGUGUGGCUAAAACAUACACACAUGAAGGGCUCCGUGGAUUCUUCAAGGGCAUGGCGUUUCCCGUGUUGACCAAUGGCCUCAUCAAUUCCAUUGUCUUUGGCUCUUAUGGUAAUGCCCUGGAUUUUCUCACCCAGUCUCAACGCAGUGAUCGCAUUGAAGGGAAAGCAGCAUCAGCUGCACAUGUCUUCACAGCCGGUUGCUUUUCAGGUCUGGUGCAGGUGUGUUGUUGUGCACCCAUUGACCUAGUGAAGGUGCGUCUCCAGGGGCAGACAACCUCUGACAGAUACCGUGGACCCAUUCAUUGUGUCACUGUCAUCCUGAGGGAGGAGGGACCCAGAGGUCUGUUCAGAGGAGGACUGGCCCUUGUCCUGAGGGACGUGCCCUGUUAUGGACUCUACUUUUUGCCUUAUGAAGUCACGCGGAAGGCUCUGACAGAGAGCGGUAAACAGCCAGGUACGUUUGCAAUAUUAAUGGCAGGUGGGAUCGCAGGCGUGGUGACCUGGGCCUUCGCCACGCCCAUGGACGUGGUGAAAGCCCGGCUGCAGAUGUCGGGGGCCGGCGGGCGGGUGUACAGGGGGGUCCUCCACUGCAUGCGCGUGAGCAUCAGGGAGGAGGGAGUGCGGGUGUUCUUCAAAGGCCUCCUGCUGAACAGCCUGAGGGCCUUCCCCGUCAACGCCGUCACCUUCCUCAGCUACGAGAGUCUGAUGAAGGCGCUCUGUCCACUAGCGACAUGACAUCUCUGUUUGUUUUGUUUAUGACACGUUUCUUUUUUGUGGGUGUGGAAGAGGUCAAUUAUCACCUGACUAGAAUGUCAGAGAAUUCUUGCAACAUCUCCUGUGACCUGUACUUUCAUAUCAUGGUUACGCUGCUCAUGUUUACUGGAAACUGAAUCCACUUCACUUGAAUUACAUUGUUGGGACAGAUUCUUUAUAUGAAAUGAUUUUAGCUGGAAGUUCAAUGAUAUUAGUAAAAACUACAACUUACAACUCCUAAGUGUUACUACUGUGUGUUAUUUCAUAUCUUUAGUAACAACAACCUUGGUUGACAUGCUCCUUCAACAAUAAGCAAUUUCCCCACUGUU